ACAAGGCCUUCUUCGUGGAGGAUUGUUCUUGACAAGGCCUUCUCGGCUGCUGCGAGAGGUGGACAAGGACGUCCAUUGCCUGUCCCGCAUCUACGACAUGGCCUGUCAGUUGCCAGUUUUCAUUCGUGCAGCCCGCCUCACUGAGGAGGAGCGAGAUGAGAUCCUGUCGGCAAUGGCGAACAGGACUGACAUGCUGCUUAGCCCAAUCCAUGUUGUUGCCCGGCUGCUGGACCCUAUGUUGAAGGACAUUGCUGUUUUCAGCAAAGUGGAGCUUAUGGCACAGUUCAAGAGCGUUGUGGAGCAACAGGUGGGGAAGAGGGGGAGCCAGAGGUUCACGGACUGCAUGGACCAGCUCUAUGACUUCCAGUUCGGAAACGGGGUAUUUGGCUCCGAUCGUGCAGUGCAACGAGCGUCGAAGGAUAAAGUGGUGUUGUGGUGGGAGGCACACGGGGCUGACCAUCCAGAGAUCAAAACUCUGUCUGUCAAGGUGGAUGUAACAGACGUUGUUGACGAUGGUGCGGUCGAUCCUAAUGACGGCCGUUCGGGUGCAGGCAGCACCAACAUUCGGCGUGAUCCUGAAGUGUCAGGGACUUCGGCAUCCGUGGACAGGUUAGGGGACGUGGUGGAGGGUGAGGAGGAGGUUGAGCACGAGGAGGACAUUCCAAGCGAGGGUUGGGUGGAUGAGAGGUCAGACUCGGACAGAUCGUGGACCGGGAGAGAGGAAAUCACCUCGUAUAUCCUUGACAUGCGAUCUGGAUUGAGGUCUCAGAGUCUGCAGGAGCAGGAGGCGCCAUAUCGUCAUCACGAUCAGGGUGAGGGGGCCGAGGAGCAGGACGGUGGUAUUGAGGAAAAUGAGGAUCAGCACGAUGGUCAUGGGGCGAAUGAGGAGCAACACGGUGGUGAUGAGGAUGGUGUUGGGCAAGGGUGUGGGGAACAGCAUGGGCAGGAGGGCUAGGGGGUCGAGGAACAGCACGGGCAGGAGGGGCAGGAGGAGCAGGUGCAGAUGGGUAACGAGAAG